AUGGAGCGCUUGCGACGCCAACGCCUGCGAGGCGUUACAAUAACACUGCAACAACAACAACGACGACGACGAGAAAUAAUAAUUAUUCGUACGAAAGUUCGACGCUGCCGAAAGACGAUAGUCGGAGACAUUCAACGCACGGAAGGUUUUGCGGUAAUAGCGGAGGCUGUGAUGGUUCAGCCGCAUCAGAGCGCUGUUCGGGCGACGGAAGAAAUACACAAACGCGAACUGCUACCUGUGUGCCCCAUCACCAUCAUCAGCAACAUCGAUCACUUGCAAAGUCAUCAUCAGCAAGUGCCAUCAACCACGACAACGACAGACGAUACCGACGACACCUCCGUAAAUAAUCAUCACAAUACGUCGGCAGUCGAUGAAGCGCGCAACUUGUCCAACACACUGCGCAAAAACGAAAAAGCCAUCGGCAAAAAGAUCUCGCGUGCCCUUUCGACGCCGCAUCUCGCCACAAAUGACAACAACAACCAUCAAGGCUAUUCGUCGUCGAGCACGUCGCAAAAUAACGGCAACAAUAACGCCGUUUCAGCCACAAAUGACCCAAAUCAAUCAGAUAGCUACGAAGAAAUAGUGUUAGGUGAUAAGAAUAAUGCGAAUAAUAAUUAUAGUCAUAGUAGUUACUUUAGCCGGAAUAAUGCGGCGUACCAUAGUGCAAGGCAACACAAGAGUUACAUAGCACGCGAUAGAAUUCACUCGUUUUCGGCAUCGACAACGACGUCAUCCACGUCGUCCAAUUCGACGGCUUAUCACGAGAAUGGCGCGUGUUGCGCUCAAUUGAGCGAACAGCAGCAACAAUUGCAUCACACGCAUGUCCAUUGUCAGCAUCAUCAUUCGCAUCGACAGGACAUUCCAUACGACUCCAACGAGAGUGACGACAACAAUUUCCUCAACGCUGCCGUCGACAAUUGCGGAGUUGUCAGCAAUUACGCCACUCUCAACUUGGAUGAUCAGGAAAUCGAGAAAUAUUUUGUAAAUAUCAGCAGCAACUUUUCGCGAAACUCGAGCAUUCGUCGUUCCGUGCGAAAUUUCUCGGGCGGCAAUGGCGCCAAAUCAAGUACUGCAAGCGGAACAUCACGUCGAACGACACCUGCGAGCAGUAAUCGCGCAUCGCCCUACAUUUUCGAUCAACUUUCGAACACGGUGACAUGUUUGAAGCCCAAACGAGCGACUUACUACAGCGAUACUUCGUACUCCUCGAUGAGCAGUCGAAAUUCAACUUUGACUCGAAAUCCAUCGAAAAAUCCUCAAAUGGGUUCAAGCAAUUCCGUGAACGGGCAAAAGCCAUUUCUGAACAUUGAUAAUUUGACGUAUUACGAGUCGACGGAAAAUCAGCAAAGUAGACCGCAGCAGCAGCAGCAAAAUGGUCGACAAGUACCCGAUUUAAAGUGGAAUUUUUUAAGUGAUCUGAGGAAAGAGAAGGAAAAGCAGCAACGGGAACGCCGUAAAUCCGACAUAAGUCAGAUGCACACACAAACGAUGCAUCGUCGCAAGAAAGAUGAAUACUGGAAACUGAGGAAAUCCGCACAAAAUGUCAACAAUAUCUCCAUUUGGUGUGCGGAAAAUGACGAACGCAAUGCCAUCAUCUUCCAUCAUGAGAGCGAAGUAGUUGAAAAUUGUUGCGGAAAUAUGUACUACUUCCCGCAAUAUCUCGCCGAUGAUCAAGAAGCAACAACUAAAAGCACCGAUGUGUUAAAUAACACUUUUGAUGCUCGUUCGAAGAUGUCAGGUUCGUUGCAAAAUAUGCAACACAACGUCUUUUCACGUUCCUCAUCGAAUGUCUAUAACAUCACCGACGAAUUCAAAGUAUUCGAAAAACAGUCGAAUUUAACGCGCGAUUCCAUCAAUUUGAGUCACAAUUAUAUUCAUUCUCUUUCCUCGUCACACUCGUCCCUUUACACGGCAGCCAAUCACUUGGCGAAUCACAAUUUGAACAAAGUUCUCAAUACAUCACGGACCUCAAGUGCUGCUCAAGGUCCAAGUACGUCAUCGACGACGCCUUCGUCGAAUCCAAAUAACGUCGAGAACAAUUUGUCGUACAACUUCUCGGCGAUCCAGUAUGAGAAACCGUCGCAUUUGCAAAGUCUCACGGCGCAAAAUCAACUUCAGCAAAUGGAGAUCGACAAUGGGUACUUUACGACAGAGACAAGUUCUCAUAUAAACAACAGCUCGAGUACGGAAGCAAUGUUGAGUAACGCUCAAACCCCAUGGCGCUCUCGAGUUCAGGAUCCCGUGGGCAUGCGAUCAAUUUUCCGCACCAUUCGAAACGUUGCACGUCGCGUUCUCACGCAAACCGAUGCAAAAAACAAGAAAAAUCACAAAAACAUGAACUGA